AUGGCUACAACAAUCGGAGGGUUCAUCGCCGGUGGCAUCGCCGCUUGCGGUGCCGUGACAGCCACCCACCCCUUCGAGACAGUCAAGAUUCGAAUGCAGCUGCAGGGCGAGCUCCAGAGCAAGGGACACCACCCCAACUUUUACCGCGGUCCCCUCCACGGCGUCUCCGUCAUCGUCAAGAACGAGGGCCUCCGCGGCAUUUACCGCGGUCUCGGCACCGCCUACAUUUACCAGAUCCUCCUCAACGGCUGCCGUCUCGGCUUCUACGAGCCCAUGCGUACCCCGCUGACGAAAUUCAUCUUUGGCGACGAAAAGGUCCAGAGCCUCGGCGUCAACAUGCUGUGCGGCGCCUCGUCCGGCAUCAUCGGCGCCGCCGCCGGUAGCCCCUUCUUCCUCGUCAAGACCCGCCUCCAGAGCUUCUCUCCCUUCCUCCCCGUCGGCACUCAGCACAAGUACAAGAACCUCCUCGACGGCAUGCGCCAGAUCUACAGGGGCGAGGGCAUCGGUGGACUCUACCGCGGUAUCAGCGCCGCCAUGAUCAGGACCGGUAUGGGAAGCUCGGUGCAGUUGCCCACCUACUUCUUCGCCAAGCGCCGGUUGGUCAAGCAUCUCGGAAUGGAGGAAGGCCCUGCGCUACACCUUACUAGCAGCGCCGUGAGCGGUUUCGUCGUCUGCUGCUUCAUGCACCCUCCUGACACCAUCAUGUCCCGCCUUUACAACCAAAACGGCAACCUCUACAAGGGAGUCGUCGACUGCUUCAUGAAGACGGUCCGCACCGAGGGUUUCUUCGCCAUCUACAAGGGAUUCCUUCCCCACCUUUCCAGAAUCUUACCCCACACCAUCUUGACUCUGUCUCUGGCCGAGCAGACCAACAAGUUCGUCCGCAGCCUCGAGUUGAAGAUUCUCCCGCAACAAGUCUUGGAAGCGCAAGAGAAGAAGAUUUAG